AUGUCCAUCUCCAACCCGUCAACAGUAUCGCCAUUAAGAUUCAGCGAACACUUCAUUCAGGAAAUUGGUGGCGCAGGACCGGAUAUCCCGCCAACUCAUACAUCAAUUCCUACCAUCGUCGCCAUUCAACCUCCAUUUGAUGAUGUUGGCCAUCACGAGCAGAGCCCUGUGCAGCCCUCAAAGACACUUCGGAACAUCAAGAAGUCGCUGCUUAAUCUCGGUCGACUUGUCAAGGAGCCAUGGGCCAGAUUCAGGCAGAAAAGCGAUAGCACCUCCAACGGCAUUGAAACACACGUUCCACAACCAUUCAAUAUCCCUGCUACCAGUGACCAAGACCAUCACCCGCAUCACAGUAACAGCAACCACAUUCACAAGAUCCAGCCAAAACGACCAGCACGGCUCCCAUGUGCAACCAAGACCACCAACCCACCUCACCACUUGAGCCAGCCAACUAAUUCAGCAAAGGUUCAAAUCAAUACAACUGUGGACCUCGACGAAUCCCGACAUCGCGAACGGCUGCAUCGGCGGGCACUCAAGAAACUGAAGUCGAUUGGACAGUUUCGAAGACGACCAAACUUAAUUCUUGAGAUGACGGAGGGUCGCACCACGGAGCCAGUAGAGGUUGCCAGGAUCCGAAGAGCGUACACUCAGCGAGGACCUGGUGGCAGGAGACCAGCUACCGCAGUUGUUACUGUUCCUCUUCACGACGAAGCCUUAGAGUCGCGUCCAUCCAUGCGACGGACAAUCAGUACCCGCGUACCAGGCAGCCGGUUGACGUGCAAGGGAAGAAACCCAACACUGGUACCCAAGUCUCGGUUUGCAUUCCACUGGAACAAGUACAAGAGCAAGAAACUGGAAGUCCUUCGAGUGUCACCCCAGGAAACGGAACUGGUCCACGAAAACGAGAGAACGAGCCAUCGAUCAACCAGAUUCCUGUUGCCGACCGCGGAGGCGUCGAACCGACUCAGCGUUGUUUCUAUGGCUUCAUGCAGCUCUGCAGUAUCUGGUGUCUCGUCCAUGGCCAACAGCAUCUAUUCUGUUCUCUCAGAGGACUGGAACCGCCCUUUCUUCUUUUCUCAAUCCAAGAGUCACCGCUGUCCAACAAGUCUACAGAACAACGUGCGCACUCUGCCUCCUUACGACCAGGUCAUAGCAUCUAUUACCACCUCAAAGAUCGAGAGAGCCAACACACGUCGUCAGAUGACUGCAGCGGCAGGAAGAGUGCGAUACAGAGGCCUGCGAAAUCAAGAUGGAUCUGUUUUUCAGCUGACCCCUGGACACGAGUUGCAGUCAACAGAUAUCCGCAUUACCUGGCGAGAGGUCACGGAAAGCUUUGUGGAGGAUAAUGACGACCCAUCCUCGGCGAUUUUUCUGCCUUGUUUGUCCGCUCUGCCCAAUGUCAGGGACAGCCUUGGAUUUAUCGAGUAUGACGAUGAUGGUGACGAGGAUGAGGAAGAGAGUCAAGAUCAGAGGCACCAAUCUACUAUCUCAGAUGCUGCCAACGCCCCAAUCAUCCAGUGUGAUAUGUAUUCAGGGCGCCCAGGGGCCGGCGACUGGGUUCUGGCGGAUCCGAGCAGACCCGUCCUCGAUGUCAACGACACUAGCGCGAUGAUUGCCGCAGGAAUCGACCCGUCAGAGCCACAUCCGAAUCCAGAGACUUUCUAUCGUCUCCACCAUCCUGCAGAAAACCAAGCAAGCAUACACGGCGAGCCCCAGGAAAUAAGCGCAGGCGCGGAUACGGACACUCUCAGUUGCAGUUAUUUCCAGGAUCUCAACUGCGGCCUCUCAUCCAAUGAUCCAGUCGACAAUUCUAUGUUCGUGCAAAACCUUCACCCUGUCGUCACCAAGACCAGUCAGCCUAUCUCCAUGUGUCCACAGAAGACUCGUAAAACCCGUGUUCUUCAGAAAUGGAUCUGUAAACCACUGAAGAGCGUUUUCUCACGUCAAUCACAACGAUCGACUCACUGCGCGGUGACAGAGAUCCGGAGAGCAGGACCAGGGCUGGAUCGAUCAUACUCGGAUACAGUGACCAGCGCAAACGCUAAAGAAUGGCUUCACCAGCUCCCUGGAGGUCAUGCCUCUGCAGGCAGGUUUGAUCGGGACUGGUUGGAUGCUCAGCCCUCUUCCUCUUCCUUUGUUCAACCAGGAUGCGCGUAA